GGGUUCCCGGGUCGUUCAUGUAAUGACUACACCCAAUGCAUAAUACACCCAUAAUUAAAUGAUUUACGCCGACCAGUAAAUUAAAAACAUAAGCAAAGGAAAAAAAAUACCCACACAAGGGUGGGGAUUUAUGCAAGAACAGAAAUUGGGGACAGCAAGAGGGUUUAACACUGAACGACAGGAAAAUGAGCAGCGAUACAAAGAAAGCCGGCAAUGGAUCAGGGGCAGGGUCGGGGGGUUUUAGGGCUAAAUUGGAUCACUAUCUUUACAGCGGUGAGAAGAAGCAUGUUGCGGCAGGCAUCGUCAUCAUUGGAGCCCUCUUUGGUGUUCCUUGGUACCUCAUGAAUCGAGGGACAAAGCAUCAAUCUCAUCAAGAUUACUUGGAAAGAGCAGAUAAAGCCAGAAGUGCAAGACUUUCUACUGGUUCAUCCACAAAUAGGUGAAAAAACAAGUGGAAUAUCUUUUCAGCUGCUCACAUUCCAGAAACCUCUUAACGCUGACUGUCUUCCAUCUAUGUAAUGGUUUCUGCUGUUUCCGACAUGAACCAGUCUUGGGCGGAGAAACUCGUUGAGACCUUGUCAUGGUUGAAAGUGAUAUGUUCUAAUGUUAUUUGUACAACAAAACUGCGAGUUUACUAGAGAAUUAGUUGUUAGUGUUAGAUGGUUUUCCAGUUUUGCAUAAUAAAACCUUUCAGACUUGGCCAAUAUGCCUAGAGCCUUAGACAUCCAUCUGACUUUGUACCAUGGUAUUUAUUUAAUUUUCACUUUUUUAAAAACAAAAA